CAAAAGCAGUUCUUUCCUUUUAUGCAAUUGCGUACAGUCAUUAUUGUACUUUACCAGGCCUUCUACUGAAAAAAACUAUUUUAUCGAGACUGGACGCUUUGAACGAUCUACGUUUUACAAUUUUGGUCGGAGUUUCUUUGGUUUUUUCACCUCCGCUGACCAUGUUAUUGAUUUGCGCGCUGAUCUUUUCAACGAUAUUAAUCGGUUGCAAAAGGACCUCAGGCAAGGAAGCUGCUUUGCGAAGCCAAGGUGAAUCUUGUUCUCCUCCCCAACUCUCCGAUGUCACUUUCGACGCGAUCUUAAUCGGCCAAGUGAAUUUCAGAGAGGACGUGGUCUCAGAGCUACACUGCAUGGACCUAUGCGUGCGUCGAUCUUCGUGUGUUGCAUAUAACAUGGAAACCGCGGGCUCACACGUACGAUGUACGAUUUUGUCAGAUAUUCAGAAGUCAGAAAAAAAGCUCGGAUCACUUUACAGAAAUUUUGAUCGGGAGAAAAUCGAGAAGUUCCUCUUCCAACGUGACAACUGUGAUAAUGAGCCAGAUCAACAAAUUGAUUAAUAGCUAUGACCUCAGCCACCCACGUCAGAGAUCGUUGCGUGACAUCUUUACAAACGUCUUCCUGUUACUCAAGUAUGGUGGAAGCGAACAAUCUUUCGUUCGUUGACGGGGAUUUGUUCCUUUGUGAAAUGUUCUAUGAGUCAGUGACUGAUUAAAAAAAAAAAACAUUAUCGUGACGUAUGCAAGUUUGGCAUAGCCGGGAAUUUUUAUUUUCAGUUUCGAAUCAGUUUUCGAGUAAUUGCUAUUUUCAGAGACGUGACAGCAAAGACGAAUCCUAUAUUAAUGUAUUUACCCAGGGUUUUCUUUCAACUUUUGAUUUGGAACAGGGCGCAAAACUUCAUCGAUACUAUUAGGAUGAAUCUUUAUGAAUACCAAGUUUGAGAGAGAACUGUUAAAAAUUAGGGAUCACUUAAGGUUUCUGGUAAACCAAAAUCAAAGCUCUCGAUAUAAAACGACCACGAUACCCCAUUUUGCCAAUAUCAAGCCAUGGCAAGUCACGAAAUUUUACUGCGGUGACAUGACGGGCCAACCAAGUGGUGCAUGUCAGAAAUAAAACAACGGAAACGGAACAAAGCGUAUAUUUUCUUGAAAGGCCUAUUGCAAACUGAUGUACACUUCGUCCCAUUGUAAAUCAGCAAUACAUGUCUCUCUAACCGACUUUCACAUCUAAUUUCGAGUGGCACGCCACAAACUAGAUAGUUUUGCACCCUGUCUCCGAAGUUAUCGUAAGAUUGCGUGUCGCUUAGCACUUCUUUAAUAAUCGAAUCCUCUCUUAAAUCUGUCUCUUCUCAACAAAUUGGCAAAUUGUUAUUCCCUUGAUUUUCUAUGUUUUAUCAUACUGGAUAGCAUGUAUAUUUUUUGGUCACUCUUCCGGGAAAGAUUGGCUCAUUUACGUAAACUGUUUGUUCAAUCACGAAAACUGUUUGCAAUAAA